AUGCAACAAUCUUUAGCAUUGAAAAACUGCAGUGGAAAUUUGAGCUUAUGGAUUGAGAUUGAUGUGAGGAUUGAUAAUACCCAGAGAGGUGAAGCAUCAGCGUCUACGCCAAUUGUGUUUGUCCAAAGUCCCUUUACAGCAUGUUCAAAUAACUCACCUAUGUGGUAUAGAAGCUCAUGCGUUGAGAAUGCACCCCUGCAGCUGGACAAAAAACCGACUCCUGCCAGUGAUGCAGUCGAAGAUAUCACAUCCUCUAUUACUAAUCUCCAAGCACGUCUGGACGUAGUGGAAAAGAGCUGCAAUCAUUAUUUUGAAUUAUACAAAAAGUACAGACUGAGGUGGCUAGAGGAGAUCCAUCGAACAGAAAUUCUAGAGAAGUAUGCACCACCCAAUGUGGACUGCUAUAGUCCAGCUCAAAUACAGUGGGAUGCGCCAUCUCCACACAUUCUAGAUGAAGGCGAAGAGACGCCCCACUUGCACAACAACUUACAGUAG